UAGCCGCUGCCGUCAACAUUUGGAGCCGCGUUGAAUAUUAGGGAUAACUCUUUGAAAGGAAGCUGCCGUUUUUUUUUAGAAGUAGGUGGUUCUGAAAUAGGUGAAAUGAAUCCGUUUGUUUUCUCUCAAAUAGCGUAAGUGUGAUCUUGAUAGCCGAGUUGGCGUUUUCCUUGGACUGUCUAAAUCACCAUGCGUAAAUCGCGUUACGUUUUGGGAUUUGAUACAUCCACAUAGACUGGUAUAACUGAAGUUAAACUGUUUAUAGUUCGAUACAAUGUAUAGAUUGAUAAUUAGUGUGAAUGGGCCAACUAUUCUGUUCCGAAAUUAAUGUCUGGGGGGGACAGCCAACGAUAAGAUGUUUCGCCAAAGCAAGAAUCUUAUUAGGGAAAAGUUCAUAAUUUUAUGACUGACGUGAUGGUUUGUCUUGAGAUGCACUUUGUAUGCUAAAAUCUGUCAUUAUAAACACGCGUCUUUUGUCAAAUCAUUAUAGAAUUAGUUUGGUUAUAGUUAUUUACUGUGAUAGAUGACAUGAUGAGCCAUGCGUUUGUGCACUAUAUGCACAUUAAAUUAACUUAGGACACAUCUUUUAAUAAGUUAGCUACGUCUUUUCGUAUGAUUUUGACCACUUACCAAUUAACAUUUGGACGGAGUUAGUGAGAAGGAACGUUUGGGGUAUGGCAUAAAGGCGCACAGCUCCAUACUGAAGUGUUUAAGUUAGUCUGAAGGACUAAAAAGACCUAAAAAUACCGCGCUGGUUUCUUCUCCACAAAGAAUCAUUUGAACUUCCCACCGCAGAACGAGAGCGACAUAAAUAGUUCUGACAUGUGGAUGUAAUUUCAGAAGAAGAAAAAAAACAGACAGAUGCAGAGAAAUAAAGUGAGUGGGCUCAGUUUGAACGUGUUGCGGAUUUAAAAAGAGGGAGGGAAAGCGAAGAGAUUAUAGUUAUGAUUUUACAAGCCACUAUCAAGCCCAUAAUGAGAGGACAGAUGGAGUGAAACAUGACUAGCGCUUUUGGAGACAGUUAAAAGUAGAUGAAGUCAUUUUAACUGAAGAAUCAACCUCUUUAAAAAUUGCUUUCUGAAACGGGAUGGGAGCCACUCUAGUGUUCCACAGUUUGCGCUUUCUUCUCUUCAGCUUGGUCCUAAGUCGUGUCUGUCUGGUAGAGGCAGAUGAUGUGCUCACCAAAGAGGAACAGAUCGGCCUGCUGUUCAAAGCCAAACGCAAGUGUGAGGUAGCCAUCAGGAACAAACACAAGCCUGGUGAUGGUUACUGCUCGCCAGAGUGGGAUGGCAUUGUUUGUUGGCCUGAGGGGUCUCCUGGAAAGCUGGUGUCCACUGCCUGUCCAGAGUACAUUUACGACUUCAACCAUAAAGGACUAGCCUAUCGUCGCUGUGACAACAAUGGGACGUGGGAGCUGACCACUACCAACAACAAGACAUGGGCCAACUACAGCGAAUGUGCAAAAUUCCUCUCACACUAUAACCAAAAUAAUGAGAAGGAAGUAUUUGACCGUUUGUACCUCAUCUACACAGUGGGCUACUCCAUCUCUCUGGGAUCACUUAUGGUGGCUGUGAUCAUCCUGGGUUAUUUCCGGCGGUUGCAUUGUACCAGGAACUACAUCCACAUGCACCUGUUUGUGUCGUUCAUGCUGCGAGGCAUCAGCAUCUUCAUAAAGGAUGUGGUGCUAUACUCUGGUUCUGCCCUAGAGGACAUGGAAAGAGUCAGUGUGGAAGAUCUCAAGUCCAUCACUGAGGCUCCUCCAGCUAACAAAACCCAGUUUAUUGGCUGUAAAUUAGCAGUGACCCUGUUCCUGUAUUUCCUGGCCACCAACUACUACUGGAUCCUAGUAGAGGGCUUGUACCUCCACAGCCUCAUCUUCAUGACCUUCUUCUCAGACAGGAAGUACCUCUGGGGAUUCACUUUGAUUGGAUGGGGGGUUCCAGCAAUGUUUGUGACAGUGUGGGCAAGUGUGAGAGCCACCUUGGCAGACACAGAAUGCUGGGACCUAAGUGCAGGCAAUCUGAAGUGGAUUGUACAAGUGCCCAUUCUAACAGCAAUAGUGGUGAAUUUUAUGCUGUUCCUGAAUAUAAUCCGAGUUCUGGCCACUAAACUUCGAGAGACAAAUGCUGGCAGAUGUGACACAAGACAGCAGUACAGGAAACUGUUGAAGUCUACUUUGGUCCUGAUGCCACUGUUUGGCGUUCACUACAUUGUGUUCAUGGCCAUGCCUUAUACUGAGGUAACUGGAGUCCCCUGGCAGAUACAGAUGCACUACGAGAUGCUCUUCAAUUCAUUCCAGGGAUUCUUUGUGGCAAUUAUAUAUUGUUUCUGCAAUGGGGAGGUCCAGGCAGAAAUUAAGAAAACCUGGAGCAGGAGGACACUAGCGUUGGACUUUAAACGUAAAGCCCGUAGUGGCAGUAACACGUAUAGUUAUGGACCUAUGGUGUCUCACACCAGUGUAACCAACGUCACUGCCCGGGGGCCCCUGGCCCUCCAUCUCACCACGCGCCUUGGGGCCCCAGUCACCGUCAACGGGCACCGGAACCUCCCAGGUUAUGUGAAGAACGGUUCCGUCUCCGAGCACUCUAUCCCUUCCUCGGGACAGGAGUUACACAUUCCCGAGGAGGAGCAGCUAUCCAAUAACACGCCACCGCAUUCUGUUGAGGAGGAGAAACCCUCGCCUGUAGUGGAGGAGGAGCGGGAGACCGUUAUGUGAUGUUCAUGUGACCUCUAGUGAAAGACAGUCAUGUCAAUAGCCCCUCCGUUGUGAGGACGAUCUUUGUAGGAAUGAGUUAUAGAACAUAGCACCAGUCAGUAUUCUCAGGAUGUUAUAAAGUAGGAGGAUAGCUGUCUUUUGUCGACACUGCCAGUUUUUCUCCUGUGAAUCGAGCCAGGAUUUUAGUGGGUGGAUAAAGACUGGAGGACAAAGGCUCAAGGCUAAAAGGGUACCUCAGUGUUUGAGGUGAGCCACCAACACAGACAAUCACCUUCUCUAUUGUACUGUAGCAAACACCACCGCUCUUUCUGAUACCAUUUCCACCUGCCAUACGGACAAAAAUUCGUAUCUGUUUUGUUUUAUUUCACUGACUUCAAUGAGUUGCAGCAGGUACUUUAUAAUUGAUGAAAACCAACUUGCAGAUGUAGCUUUUUCACAUUCUAAAGCUAUUAUAAAACUUGUGGAUCAUGAAUGGUCUGUGGAUGGACGGUAGGCUAAUGUGUCUGUCUGAAACCUACAGCAUUGAUGGUCCACAGGUCCUGUGGUUGAAGGUGUCUAACAGUAUAUGUAGGUCCUCAUUCUGGCAGGAGCAUGUUAGCUUAUGUUAGUGUAGCGGAUGGAUAAGUUAGCAUACAGCUCACUAGCUUACAUCUGUUACAUUAGGAACUCCUAGUUAUAUGAGGAAAUGCCUGGCUGCAGUUGACUCUGCCUACAUGGUUGGGGAGAUCUCACUACAUUUCGAUUGGUUUUAAAUAUGGAUAUCAAUUCAGAAAACCUAACCCACUUUGAUGUAAAAGGGAAUAAAACUCAGGUACUCCAAACCCACCAUUCUAGUGCAUCAGUUUGAGCUAGUCUGUACUGUAGUUUCAGAGGUGUGCUGGCUUCUAGUGUUGAUUUAUAUGGAGGAAGGCCAAUGGAAGACUUUUCUCCAUGAUUAUCAACUUUUUGUACAGUUUUUAUUUUUUGCUAUUUAAAAGAUACUAUCUUGAUAUUCAAUAGUGUAAUGACUAUGGAAGGUUAUGUUGUUUCCAUGAUGUGCUGAUUCAAUUCUUCAAUGAUAAUAUUCUCUUUCACAAUAUAUAAUACCAUAAAAGUAACCGAAACUUAUCAAUGGAGUGGGAGAGACAGCGUUAAGAGGAUUAAAAAUAAGAAGCUUUUAUAUACUGUACAGUGCCUUCCCGAAAGUAUUCAUACCCCUUGACUUAUUCCACAUUUUGUUGUAUUACACCCUGAAUUUAAAAUGGUUUAAAUAAAUAAAAUCUUACCCAUCUACACAA